AUGAACCUUUCCAAAGCCCGAGACGACGUGGAGGAGGUGUUGUCACGAUGCCUGCCAGGGCAGACCGUGCUUGCUUGGUACUCUGAUGAUGAUGUUUUCCAUGAACGACUCUUGGUUUGGAGGGUAGAUGACAAGACUUGGUAUGUUUUGACCCCCGAUGGAGACUGCUAUGCUGAGGACUACUCCGGUGAUUCUGACAAUGGCCCUUUGACUUUUCAGGUGAAAGGGGUAGACUUCCAGUUCUUCUCCAGGGUUCGCAGACCGGUUUACAGAUUUAGGGAAUACCCCACCGACUCCGAGUUCAAGCAGCAUGUUGAGACUGCCUUGAGAGACUUGGGGCUGCUUGGAAGGACUGACCUGGGUUGGCAACCACGACAUGCCAUGAACAUGAAUGGGGACAAGGUGGAGGCAACCGAAUACUUGGGACGUUUGUUGGUCCCAAGAAGGGUUCGAGGCAGGGACCAAGGCCACUUACAGCUGCCAGUUGAACAAGAGGAGUCGCAACGAGGCCGUGGACCUCAGAGGGCUGAUGCAGCCCCAGCUGGAAAGGUUUGGUUAGCCAUGCACUCAACUCCGGACUUUCAGUUGGGCGCUGAGGUUGUUGAUAGUCUUGCGCAGUCGGUAUUGCUCAGUCCAAAUACUUGCGCAGUGGAAGGCCCUAAGGGCUGGACUUUGUGCAAGCUAGUGAAGGUCGCUGAAUCCCCCGACUUUGUGUCAGAGCUCCGCGAGAAGAACCGUGCCUCUCUCAAGGAAGACAUUGGGCCAGUUGCUGGAGAGCCGGAUCAGAAGCCGGCAGCUCCUGGAGAGGAGGCGCAGGAAGCAGAAGAUGCCCGAACGCUUGCUGUGGAAUACGAUGACCAAGGUGAGCGCUUCAAGCUGUGGCGCGAUGUGUGCAGAGAGUGUCGAGAAUAUGCUUACCCAGACUGGCCUCACGAAGGCCCCCAGAGCGUGCUGCAUCUGAUAAAACACAUGCGCAAGCAUGGGGGCUCUCCAAAGCUAUGGCUUCAAUCCUGGGCGCGCUUCAAGGGUAUACAAGAGAAUGAUCGUGUGAUGCAUGAAAUGCGAGCGCUUAUGGAAGUCCUCGAACAUGGGGGCUGCUACGACCAGCUCAACCUGACCAGCCUUGCCAGCAUGGAAUCAGUAGGUCGGCGCGUCCAGAGCAUAGUGGACGCCUACAACAGCGGCUCAUCCACUUCCCCAGACUGGGGGGCAGCAAAGAUCAUCUCGGGCUACGCUGGCCCUGAAGAUGUGGCGAUGCCAUCACUUCGAUCGUGGGCUGCCCGGAAAGGCAAAGAGGAGGUGGAACUGGCCGCAGCAAGGACCAAAAUCCGUGAGUACAAGAAGUUGGCUGUCCCAAUGGAUGAGGCCGCAGGAGCUGUAGCAGAUGGAAGCAUGGCAGCCGGUGGAGCUGGCUUGGCCGAUCACCUUGAGCUUGCAGCAUUGGGAGGUGGCAGGUCAGCCCAGCGAUGGGAUCGCAAGAUUCGAGUUCGUGAGACCACCAAUGAGGCAGCCCUUGCGGAGCUGCUCAAGGGGCGUUCUGACUAUCAGCAGUCAGCCGCUCCUAUUGCUCUCGCGCCUUACAGCCUCGAGCGUGUCUCGCUGCCAGAGAGUUUGCAUGGGUUACCCGAUGCAGUGGACCUCUUGCCGCCAGACGCCCGUCGAUAUUUGGAAGGUAAAGAGCUUAUGCUUAGGGAUGACCAGCCGGAUGAGACCCCCCCUCCGUACUGGGAUCCUGUUUUGGCCAGGAGCAAACGACAUUACAAGGAGUUUAUUAGGAAGCUCGACAGCAUCGGGCUCCUGCAGUACACACAGUCUCCUAAGAACCAGGUAGGAACAGACGACUUCGUGGCAGAGCUCGCAAGCCUGAACAUUCACAUUGGGCUGAGCGAUGUGAAGGACUGCUUCCAUAGACUGCGGCAACCGAAGUGGUUAGCAGAGUAUUUUUGUCUCAAGCCUAUCCGGGCUUCUUGGGUGGGCUUGCAAGGACAGAAUUUGGAUGGGAAGAAGCUGAAAGCCAAUGACAUCGUUUACCCUAUGCCAGGCUUGCAGGGGCUCUGA